ACCCAGCUGCUCGGAACCAUGACAGAAGAUGACGGAUACAGUUGUCGCGGAGGGACAAGUAAAGUUUAGGGAUGGAAAAAAGUGGAAGAGUCGGUGCGUCGUUCUUCGGAAGCCCUCUCCGGUCGCAGACUGCCUGUCUCUGCUGGUGUACAAAGAGAAGAAGAAGAAAAAAGGGAAAAGGGAGAAUGGCAGCGGUCACAAGGAGAGGCUCAAUGUAAACCUGGAGGGUAUCUGUGGGGUGGAGCCGGGCCCCGGGUACGACGGGGUCUCCUACAGCCUCUCCAUCCUCUGCCUGGCACACACGCUGGUCCUGGGCUUCAACAGCCGAGAAGCCCUGCUGGCCUGGGACACUCGCAUCCGCUACAGCCUGGGAGAAGUCCACAGGUUGUGUGUGAAUGUGGAGCCAGGCACCAAGCUGGAGAGCGGCCCCGCCUCCCUCCACCUGUGCAACGACCUGUUGGUCCUCACCAGAGGCGUCCCUCCUGUCAUCAUCGGCCACUGGAAGCUGUCGGCGUUGCGUCGAUAUGGAGCGGUGCCAAGCGGCUUUGUGUUCGAGGGGGGGACUCGCUGUGGAUACUGGGCCGGUGUUUUCUUCCUGUCCUGUUCAGAAGGAGAGCAGAUCAGCUUCCUGUUCGACUGCAUUGUGAAGGGCAUCACCCCCAGCAGGACCCCUCAUGGCCUGCGACCUGUCCUGCCAGAUCCCAACGCUGAUCCAGCAUCAGCAGAGGAGCGUCUCAGCCUGGAGGCGUCCGAGCUGGAGAAGAGACUCAGCAUGUUGUCUCAAUGCAGCCUAGCCAGCAGCACAGCUUCCACUUACAGCUGCAGCACAUCUGUUGCCGGAGACGACCAAAGCAGCAUCUCCAGCUCCUCUUCCAGCCAAUCAGAUACGAGCUACGGCAGCAGACUUUCCUUUAGGGCGGAGCCGUUAGCUCGACCGCACAUCUCCACGGAUACGGCCUCCAGCUGCUCCACGCUGAAGGCCCUGAGCGGCUCUGAUGACCGGCUGUUCGCUGCUGUGAUGGGGAGCUCCGGUCCCCGCCCCCCCUCCGCCCAGCUCCACCUUCGGGGUCUCAAUGACAGUGGACGGCAGAGCUCAUUGGACAGUGGGAUUGGGGUAGCAGCAGGAAGCCAGUCCUCUUACUCAGGGAGCUACUCCUCAUACACCGGGAGUCUGGACAUGGCCAGCCAGGGCGGGGAGGGGGAGUUUGGCUCUGUGGGCAGCUUACCUGCUCAUCUCCCUUCUUCACCUACUCCUCACCCCCCUUCUUCACCUCCUCCUUACCUUCCUUCUUCACCUCCUCCUCCGCCUCCCAUCUCUCCUCCUCCUUCUUCUCCUUUUCAGACCACCCUUACCCCAGAGCCUGCUUCCUCCUCCUCGUGCCCUUUCACCUCCAGAUCUAGCUCUCGUGCGUCCCAGGGACACAGCGAGGACUAUCAGAUCCCCAGCCUGCUCCGCCUGUGGUAUGACACCCCCAGGAGGCUGCUGCAGAGCCUGUCCCUGAGGGAACCCUCCCUCCAACAAGGUCCCCCUGAGCUGGGCCGGGACAGCAGGAGAGGUGUGGAGGCCAGGGGAAGUCAGGGUCAAAGGUUGACUAACAGCCCCCCAAGAGGCAGGACGCAGCGUCAGGCCAUGAUGCAGCGCUCACACUCCUGGGGCAGCGAGAGGGCGCCCCCUGUGGAGGGUGAGGGGGGGUCUACACCGAGACCCCUGCUGCCGCCUGGAGGCUCUGUUAGUGGAGAAACUCAGUGCGGUCAUGGUUUGGACAACUACAUUACACCAGAGCAGUGGCGUUCAGCGAGGAACAGAUGCUUGAGUCAGGUUGCCAGAUCACCAUCAAAAACCUCACCUUCUGCGGAUACACAAGAUCAUCCUCUCUGUGUGAGAGAGGAGCAGGAUGUCGUUGGUGAUAAGUGUGAAGGUCCGAGAAGACCGGGGUCCUCUCGGCCACCCUCUGCCCCCCCGCCUCCGCCUGUGGCCAUGAGACCAACAUCAGCCUGGGGUAUGAUCCAGUCUGCCCACCAAGCUCCUCCGUCGGUAUCCCUGGAAAGUUGGCACCAUAUUGACAGCACUGUUAAUUAUGUUAACAUCCCCAUCAGCCCCCUGCCAGCUCGCACUAACAGAGAGCUGCUCUACACGGAGCUGGAUCUGCAGGACCCCCACUCAGCUGUCAGAGGUAACUCUUUGCAGCUCUGCAGACCCAAAGAGGGCUCCAUCAGGUACGCCCACCUCGACAUCGCUGCCAUGGAAACAGCUCAGCGAGUGGGGGCGGAGCAUGUUCAGGGCCGAGAGGACAGGCUGAGUCAGCUGGAGAGGGCCACCAAACUGACUCGCAGCGGCCACAACUCACUUCAAAACAGUUUCACUGCCGAUUCUCUGCAUCUCUCUGAAUAGUGCUCAAGUGCUUAAUUGCAGUUAAUCAAACAAAUUGUUGUACUUAACACACCCACAGUUGUGCCAGUGUACAGAUACUGUCACAAACAAUCCAUUCCACUAAGAAAAAGAUGUCUGGGAAGUCUCUAAUGCAGCUGCCAUCUUGGAUGUGUUUAGUGUUAUGUUAAAGUUCUUAUAUUUUUAAAUGAGUGAUUUAUUGAAUUUCUGGAAGACGUUUACCCAAGGACUGUUCCCUUUUGUUGCAUGGCACUUAAUAUCUGCUGAGUUAGGAGGAUAAACUGCUUUUUUUAAGUCCUCUCAGGUGAAUGUUGAGCGUUGGUAUAAAAGCCUUAAUUUUGAGUGAAUUGCAUCCAAACACAAAUGUUUACCACUAAUAUGAUAUUCAGAUAGGAGAGAGCAGCUAUGCUUGGCAUCUCUUAUGUGUUGAGAUGGAUUUAUUUUUAGAUUUCUUCAGACUGCGAGGGCGUGGCUCGAUCAGUUGUUUCUGCACAAGAAGUGAGAGAUCAACGAGAUCAAGCGCCUUACAAUUGAGCGUUAAGAGUCCCAGCUCGGCUAUCAUUCCACAUCAGAGUUUUAAAGCAUUCGAUUGAAAUAAGCAGUUUAGAGUAACGUCUGGGUGCAGAUCACAUUAAACAGGCCCGUGUGGCCAGGCAGGACAGGAGCAUUAUUCAUCACAGUAAUCAAUAUCUGCUUCGGGUCAGGAUUGAUGAAGGGAAAAGCAUUGUGUGUGUUCCAGUUGAUCACCUCCCUCCUGAUAUCAUCAUGACAAAUCGUCCGAUGUUUGGCGCCAAUUUCUUUUUAUGGUAGCUGUAGCAGCAGCGUGAGGAGAAACAAGAGGAAGAGUUUGAAAAACUUCACCAAAAAGCUUCUUACAGUCACUACAGGGGCUGCUCUCCUCUACACGACUUGUAAAUAGUAACUGCUUUUAUUUAUGCCACGUCGAUAAAUGUAUAUUUUUGUGAUAUUACUCUUUGUAUAUUGACAGCAUCUGUAUCUCACUUAUUAAAACAAUGCUGUUAAAUG